AUGCGUGGCCCCGCCGGCCCCGCACUGCUACUCCCGUUCGACCUCCGCCCUGCUGCAUGCUCGCCACCGCCUCCUCCCUGCGCCACCCCCGCCGUGCCCGCCACGCACCGCAUCGCCGCUCGCGUCCCCUGCUCGCUCACCAUCGCCCGGGUUCUGCGCCCGCUCCGCGACCCGCGCCCAAACCCGUCACCCAUUAGCCCGAUUUGUGGCCUAAGCCACCGACAGGACCCCGGUCCUCCUCCUCCCCGUGCCCUCACGCCGGCGCUCGCCCGCGCCACCACACCGUCCGGUCCGCGCGCCCUAGCACGGACCCUCACGCACGCGCGCCCGCGGCGACCGCGCCCUACCUGCGCCUGGCCUCGCGACGCUGCCAUCCGCCCGCUCACCGCUGGCCCCUCCCGCUGCCCACUGCUGCUCUGCUGCCGGUGCCGCCGCCCCACGCCGUGGCCUCGCGCUCACCACCACUGCUCCCGCCUAGCACCGGCGCUCCCCACGACCCCUACUCGCCGGCCCGCGCGCGCCCGCCGUGGCCGCGUCCGACCACUGCACUCCGCCCUGCCUCGUCGGGCCUCUCCCCCCUCGCCCAGGCUCGUCGUCGCCCGCGCUCCUGUGGUCGCUGCCCGCACCCAAUGCCUCCGCCGAGCUCGCUCGCGCGUACAGAACUCCCUGUCCGCCCUGCUCGCACGCACCUUCGCGCCCAUGCGUGGCCCCGCCGGCCCCGCACUGCUACUCUCGUUCGACCUCCGCCCUGCCGCAUGCUCGCCACCGCCUCCUCCCUGCGCCACCCCCGCCGUGCCCGCCGCGCACCGCAUCGCCGCUCGCGUCCCCUGCUCACUCACCCGCGCCCAAACCCGUCACCCAUUAGCCCGAUUUGUGGCCUAA